GGGGCAACGGGGAGAGAGAGAGUUGUGGCGCGAUCCGUCGUCCUUGGACGCCACGGCGACGCCAUCUCAUCCGUGACGGAGGCGGCAGUGGGGGUCGCCUUUUCUCGAUCCAGUUUCUACUUCGCACUCUUUUGUUUGACUACAUCGGUAGAUCUGGAACUGAGAUCCUGAGGCUCGUGGUGGUAAGGGUUUCGAGAAGGGAAGGCAGCGAUGCUGACCAAGUUCGAGACCAAGAGCAAUCGGGUGAAGGGGCUGAGCUUCCACAGCAAGCGGCCCUGGAUCCUUGCCAGUCUCCACAGCGGCGUGAUCCAGCUAUGGGACUAUCGGAUGGGCUCACUCAUCGACCGGUUCGAGGAACACGAUGGCCCCGUUCGUGGCCUCCACUUCCACAAAUUGCAGCCCCUCUUCGUCUCCGGAGGAGAUGAUUACAAGAUCAAGGUCUGGAAUUAUAAGACUCACCGGUGCCUAUUUACCCUUCUUGGGCACCUUGAUUAUAUCCGCACUGUCCAAUUCCAUGAUGAGCACCCCUGGAUCGUUAGUGCUAGUGAUGAUCAAACUAUCAGGAUUUGGAACUGGCAGUCGCGGACCUGCAUUUCUGCUUUGACAGGGCACAAUCACUUUGUCAUGUCUGCGUCGUUCCAUCCUAAGGAAGACCUGCUUGUCUCUGCUUCCCUUGAUCAGACAGUCCGUGUCUGGGACAUUAGUGCUCUGAGAAAGAAGAUGGCACCGGCUGAUGACAUUCUGCAUCUGAGUCAGAUGAAUUCAGAUUUCUUUGGGGGAAUUGAUGCAGUCGUCAAAUAUGUCUUGGAAGGUCAUGAUCGUGGGGUCAAUUGGGCAUCUUUCCAUCCAACUUUGCCCCUUAUUGUGUCUGGCGCAGAUGAUCGGCAAGUGAAACUUUGGAGAAUGAAUGAUUCAAAGGCUUGGGAGGUGGAUACUCUAAGAGGGCACACAAAUAAUGUCUCUUGUGUAAUGUUCCAUGCGAAGAUGGAAAUCAUUGUAUCCAACUCAGAGGACAAAAGCAUUCGCAUAUGGGAUGCUACAAAACGCACAGGCAUUCAGACAUUUAGACGCGAACAUGACCGCUUUUGGAUUCUUGCUGCCCAUCCAGAAAUGAAUCUUUUUGCAGCUGGUCAUGAUAGCGGCAUGAUUGUCUUCAAGUUGGAGAGAGAACGUCCUGCUUUCACUGUCAGUGGAGAUGCCCUGUACUAUGUCAAAGAUCGGUUUUUGCGAUUGCAUGAGUUCUCAACACAGAAGGAUAAUCAGGUUGUUCCUAUACGAAGGCCUGGUUCCAUCAAUCUAAACCAGGGACCUAGAGCUAUGUCUUAUAGUCCCACGGAAAAUGCUGUAUUGAUCUGCUCUGAUUUGGAUGGUGGAUCUUAUGAGUUAUAUAUUGGCACUAAGGAGAUGGCUGGAAGGGGUGAUUAUAUUCAGGAAGCAAAGAAGGGAGCUGGUGGAUCAGCUGUUUUUAUAGCCCGUAAUAGGUUUGCUGUUCUAGACAGAAGUAGCAAUCAAGUAGUAGUGAAGAACCUUAAAAAUGAGAUUGUAAAGAAGUGUCUUCUUCCAAUUGUGACUGAUGCAAUAUUUUAUGCUGGAACUGGUAAUGUAUUGUGCAGAGCUGAGGAUAGGGCGGUCAUCUUUGAUCUUCAGCAGAGGAUUGUCCUCGGUGAACUUCAAAACCAAUCUGUUAAGUACGUUGUUUGGUCUAGUGAUAUGGAGUCUGUAGCUUUGCUUAGUAAACUUGCUAUAGUCAUUGCUAAUAAGAAACUUGUGCAUCGUUUCACACUGCAUGAGACAAUUCGUGUAAAAAGUGGUGCCUGGGAUGAUAAUGGUGUCUUCAUUUAUACGACAGUAAAUCAUAUCAAGUAUUGUCUUCCUAAUGGGGAUAGUGGAAUUAUAAGAACUCUGGAUGUUCCUGUUUACAUAACCAAGGUUUCUGGAAGCAAUAUCUGUUGCUUGGAUCGAGAUGGGAAGAACCUGGCUAUAUCAAUUGAUGCUACAGAGUACAUCUUCAAGCUUUCGCUUCUGAGAAAAAGAUAUGACCAUGUGAUGGGUGUGAUCAGGAAUUCACAGUUAUGUGGGCAGGCUGUCAUUGCGUACUUGCAACAGAAAGGCUUCCCUGAAGUUGCUCUCCAUUUUGUCAAAGAUGAGAAGACCCGAUUUAGCCUGGCUCUGGAUAGUGGUAAUAUCCAGAUUGCUGUUGCUUCAGCAAAAGAGAUCGAUGAUAAAGACCAUUGGUACAGGUUGGGCAUUGAGGCCCUUCGACAGGGAAAUACUAGUAUAGUGGAAUAUGCAUAUCAGAGAACAAAAAAUUUUGAGAGAUUGUCUUUUCUCUAUCUUGUAACUGGGAAUAUGGAAAAGCUCUCCAAAAUGCUGAGGAUAGCUGAAAUAAAAAAUGACAUCAUGGGUCAGUUCCACAAUGCACUGUAUCUUGGCGACAUUCAGGAACGAGUGAGAAUAUUGGAGAAUGCUGGCCAGUUGCCUCUUGCGUAUGUCACAGCUGUUGCUCAUGGGCUUAAGGAAGUUGCUGAUAGGCUUGCCACUGAAUUGGGAGAAAACCUUCCUACAUUGCCUGAGGGAAAAGUAGGUUCUCUUCUGAUGCCUCCUGCACCACUCAUGUGCAGUGGGGAUUGGCCAUUACUAAGGGUAAUGAGAGGUAUAUUUGAUAAUGGGCUGGAUAUGGGGACGGUGGGACAGGAGGAAGAGGAGGAUGCUACUGGUGCUGAUUGGGGUGAUGAAGAACUGGACAUUGUUGACAUGGAGAGAGAAAUGCAAAAUGGUGACAUUACAGCAGAUUUUGCAGAUGCUGAAGCAAAUGAAGAGACUGAAGAGGAAGGAGGGUGGGAUCUUGAAGAUCUGGAAUUACCACCUGAUGUAGACACACCAAAGACUGUAGGCAAUGCUCAUUCUUUGUUUGUCGCCCCCACACCUGGGAUGCCCGUUAGUCAAAUCUGGAUUCAGAAAUCAUCUCUUGCUGGGGAGCAUGUGGCAGCUGGAAACUUCGACACUGCUAUGCGCUUACUCAGCAGGCAAUUGGCUAUAAAGAGUUUUAUGCCCUUGAAGCCACUGUUUAUGGAUAUUUACAUGGGCAGCCACACCUAUGUGCAUGCUCUUUCUACUGCACCAGUGAUAUCAUUUGGUGUUGAAAAGGGGUGGAAUGAGUCUGCUAGUCCUAAUGUAAGGGGCCCACCAGCACUUGUAUUCAAGUUUUUGCAGAUGGAUGAGAAACUCAAGGCAGCUUAUCGGGCCACGACAGAAGGAAAGUUCCCGGAGGCUUUGCGUCAAUUUAUUAACAUUUUGCACACUAUCCCGCUUAUUGUUGUUGACACAAGGAGGGAAGUUGAUGAAGUGAGGGAGCUGAUCGAGAUAGCCAGGGAAUAUGUGCUAGGUCUGAAAAUUGAGUUGAAAAGAAAGGAAAUUAAGGACAAUUUGGUUCGACAGCAAGAGUUGGCAGCCUAUUUCACAAACUGUAAGCUUCAGAAGAGUCAUACGAGGCUUGUCCUCACAAGUGCUAUGACCAUAUGCUAUAAGGGAGGAAACUUCUCUACAUCUGCCAAUUUUGCGAGAAUGCUUCUUGAGAGCAGUCCAACAGAUGCCCAAGCAAAGAAGGCUCGGCAGCUGCUGCAACAUUGUGGUGACAAAAAAGAUGUUAACCAGCUCGAUUAUGAUUAUAGGAAUCCAUUUGUGGUUUGUGGAGCAACUUUUGUUCCAGUCUAUCGUGGCCAGAAGGAUGUUUCUUGCCCAUACUGUGGGGCUCGGUUUGUGCCUGCCAUUAGAGAGCAACUUUGUGCUGUUUGUGAGCUUGCUGUGGUAGGGGCAGAUGCAUCUGGUUUACUCUGCUUUGCUACACAGAUGAGAUAAUUGGCAGGAGAUGCUAAGCAGUUUGACCGAUGGAUUGUUGGAUUAAACUUCUCAACGUUGCUAGUUAUCUUGGAAGGUGAAAGUUUGAAAAGGUGAAGCUCUGUGAAAGAAGAAAAUGAAUUCACCAGAUAGGUUGAUCCUGAUUAGUGUAGAAUGCUCCAUGGCUUCAAAAGAUUGUCUACAAGGCAGCAUUGAGUAAAGGUAAUAGACUUUAGAAGCAUUGGAGUCAUGAAAUCGACAGGUGACAAUAACUGCCUGGCAUGCACGGCCUUGCCAUUAUGAAUGCCACAGAAAUUUAUUCUUGGUUAUGUUAUUGCAUUGGUAUUAUAUAUUUUUUAUUUAAUAAAAAUAAGCUGCACAUCACUGGUCAUGGAAACUGACCGUCA